AUGGGCAGACCCAGUCAUGAAUCCGAAGACGGCAGCAAGAGCUAUUCGUAUGCUGAUUACAGUGCUGCCCACAACAAUCAAUUGGGGGAGCAGAUCGAAACGGGGCUAAGAGAGGAGACGACGUUGCUGGUAAAUGCAAAGCAAAGGCCCGCAGUGCAAGUAAAAGUGACAAAUGAAGUGGAAAGUGCCAUGACGAUGAUGAUGAACACGAUGACGAUGAGGGCAGCAGAGAAUCAGCAGCAGCAGCAAGCAGAACCAAGGCGGCUGUCUAAUGGAAAUGGGCAUGAAAAUGACAUGACUGACACACAAAAUGUAAUGCCAUCAAUCCAAGAGGGCAGCAGCAGCUUAAUGAGCCCCAACACACUGCCAAUACCGACAAGGCAUAACUUUGCCAACACCAUGGACAGUGAUGCCAGCAACAGCAGCAGCAACAUCGGCAUCAGCAUGAGCAACAUCGAUGGCCAAAUGGCCAACGAUGAGCAACUAUUGCGACUGCAGGACUACAAUUUGCUGUACAAUGCCGAGAGGCAGACAUACUUUCAACUGCACACCAGCAAUAAGCCGAAACCGUGGCAGGACAAUCGCACAAAUCGCCCAGGGAAUGCAAACAGUCCAAUGACCAGUAAUCGGCUGUUGCAGCAGGUCGUGGGCAACACAUUGAGUGCCGCCUUUGGCCUGAAUGCGAAUGAUGGCAAGGAUGGCACAAUGGCGAUGACCACGCAAACAGUGCAGCUCUAUGAUGCCGCCUCCUUGCGUCAGUCACACUAUAAUCCCUUCAAUCCCACGCGAGUCAUCAUACAUGGCUGGCUGGGCAAUGCACAUGCCAAUGUGUAUAGCUACCUGGUACCCGCUUAUUUGAGCCUGGACGAGGGCAACUACAAUAUCUUCACUGUGGACUGGGGACGAGGUGCGAUUGCCGACUACAUAACAGCCAGUUAUAGGGUGAAGCCCGUGGGCCUGGUGUUGGCCAAGUUUUUGGACUUUCUGCACGAGGAGGCGGGCAUGCGGUUUGAGGACCUGCAGCUGAUUGGUUUCAGCAUGGGCGCCCAUGUGGCCGGACUGGCUGCCAAGCACGUGCAGACGGGACGUGUGCGUGUGAUUCGCGCCUUGGAUCCGGCGUUGCCGUUCUUUCGCUACGCACAGGAAAAGGAGCGUCUAACAAAGCAGGAUGCCGACUAUGUCGAGGUGCUGCACACAAGUGUCGGCAGCUAUGGUUUCGAUCGUCCAUUGGGCCACGUGGAUUUCUAUGCCAACUGGGGCAGCCAGCAGCCCGGUUGCUUUUGGCAUGAGUGCAGCCACUGGCGUGCCUUUGCUCUCUUCAAGGAGAGCCUGCAACAAACAGCAGAUGCAGCUGCACCUGCCUUCGAGGCCAAAGGUUGUCGGACUGCGGAAUGGCAGCAAUUGACCCGCCACAAGCAGUGUUCAGAGCAUCAGCAAACGGGCAAGCGACUUCAUAUGGGUGGCGAUUUAGGCGCAUUAUCAAUGGAGCAACUGGUGCAACGUGAAGGUGUUUAUUACUUUGAGACCAACGCGAAGCCGCCGUACGAUAUUCGAGAGUCUCUAUAG